AAUCUAACCAUGCGAAGAUUAAGUGUUCGUUAUAAAAAGUAAUUAACAAUCGGGAAAAUGGUGUCAAUCAUAAAAAAUCAGUUGUUGAAACAUCUUUCGAGAUUCACCAAAAAUUUAUCGGCAGAUAAAAUAAAUUUUAGUACAUUUAAGGGAGAAGGAGAGCUGACAAAUUUAGAGCUUGAUGAAAUCGUUUUAACAGACUUGUUAGAAUUACCAUCAUGGUUAAGAUUAACCAGCGCUUGGUGCAACAAAGUCACUUUUCGAAUACAAUGGACGAAGCUGAAAAGUGUUCCUAUAUUUCUGAGUUUGGAUGAAGUUCACAUAGAAGUCGAAACGGUUGAGGAUUUGAGAAGCAUGUCGACUCCACAAGGAUUGUCAUCUUAUGCUGGACCUGCAAAAUAUUCUUUUAUUCAUAAAGUAAUCGAUGGAAUAACCGUCGCUGUUAAUACCGUUUCCGUAACAUUCAAAAGCCCAGCAUUUAUUGCCUCAGUUCAGAUGACACGUAUAAUGGUGGAAUCAAAAUCUCCGACUUGGCAGCGUUGCGAUUUGAGAAUGACGAGAGUAAAAGAUCCGGAUAGGGGUCAGUUGCUCAUUUUUAAGGAACUUGAAUGGCAAACUGUGCGAAUUGAGGCUCGGAGCACCAAAGAUAAAGAUCUUACGCCGCUUCGUUUGCUCACAAAUCAAGCGAGAUGUAGAAUUACGAUUAAGAAACGACUCUGUGAUUGUUUUGUGAUGGGAUCGAGGCUAGUGAUCAUUUUAGACGAUCUACUUUGGGUGCUGACCGACUCUCAAUUAAAGGCUGCCCUCCACUUUAUAGAUUCCCUCGGAGGUUUAAUCGAAAAGGCGACGAUUCUGGAAAGAAAGACAAAAGCUGCUCGGAAGCUAGAGGGAUUACCAGAACACCAAGCACAAGUUUCUCAACAGACGAGAUCAAAAAGUGCGAGUCAUACACCAAUUUCAAAAAUAUUCACUAGAUAUGAUGUCGUCGAGACAUCUUAUCAUUUUCUUUCUCAGAGAAUCGAUUUGCAUCUCUGCGAUGAUCCUGGAGCGGGCAGGUCUCUGCAUCCGGAUUUGAUGGACGGAGGAGCUCUUCAAAUUUCCUUGGUGAAAUUUCAAAUUGAUUACUACCCUUAUCAUUUAGCGAUUGCUGACAGAAAACAUUGGGCUCUUUACAAAGAAAGUUCAACUCCACACAGUCAGUGGCUCCAGCAAUCUUUAAAUGCUUUUAGGGGAAAAUUUAUGGAUCUCAUCGAUUCUGGAAGGACGCAACACUCGCCUUUAACUCGAACCCAAGGGAACGCAAGUGAAAGCAGUGCAAAAUCGAGUGGUGACGAAUCGGACAAACCUUCUCUCCAAAGUUCAGGCUCCCAGGACAGAAAACCUUCUACUCAACCCAGUGGCAACCCAGUGAAAAAUCACGUUCUUGAGCAAUUGGCGAAACUCAUGACGACCUGUAUCGUAAUUCGAAUCGAUGAUUUCACUCUCUAUAAAGUUACAACUUCGACUCGGAAGCCCACGCCAAAGGAAUUCGUUUCAGGCGACAAAGACAGAUUUUGUCUUCCGGAGGAUGUGAAUAUUUUACACGCAGAAUUUACCUACUAUUAUUAUCCAGGAGAUAUUACAUUUCCUUUGCCUCCACCGAAAUUUUACGUACAACUAAAUCCCAUCCAAGUGAAUUUUGAUACCUGUUCUUGUCUCUGGUUCAACUCCUUUCUCCUAAAUCUUUAUCAUUCCUUGUUGGGUAAUGGAAACAAAACUUCAUCAAACACUGCGAAUUUGAUGUAUUUCGAUGUUAAAAUCGAAGCGAUUCUCCCGAGGACACUAUCCAUCGAUUUUUCACUCUGCGUAUCCGGCGUUUCCUCCACAACCUCACUCGCCUCUUCAACCGCCGUCGCCCUGAUAGAAUUAUCAACCGCAAAACUAGCAUCACUCCUCAUCGACACCGUGUCACUGCUUCCGUCCUCCGGCGAUGGUUUAAGCGCCGAAUCGAGGGAAGUCAUCAAAUUGCUAAAUCCCUUCUUCAUCGACGACAAGCCCACGUUAAAAUUAUUCGGAAUAAAGGGCGAAUUUAAAACGUCCGCCUUCAUACUCUCGGGUCGAUUCCUCAUCAGUUUGCUCUCUCUCUCAUGCUUGCUCGUUCCAUUUUGCUGGAAAGUGACCACAGGUUGCGUGACACUCAUGUUUCCAAAAUCCAUCGAGAGCAUCGAGGAAACUUCACUCUGCGGUGUUUCCACAUCAUUGCUCGUAUUCAUUCUUUUUGUGCUGAAAUCGACUCGCGCCGCGGUCGCAUUAAUCUGCCAGAGAGAGGAAUUCCCAAAAUCAAUGUCGGCAAUACUCGAGGAAUCAGGAACGACGGAUUCUAGAUCGCCGCCUGAAUUCUCCUUGCCCGGAGUCUGCGAGGGCAUUAUGAAAGUGACCUCCACCUGGGGAAUUAGAGCCCCGAUGACGAUCGAACCUCCGGACUCAACUCUGAGGAUUUUGUUCGAGUCGACGGCUAACAAGACCGUGAAUAUCGGCGGAAGUCGGAUCAUCGUUUUCGGGCGAAUUUUCGCUCUUCAUGUGAAUCCAGAGUGUCAGGGGAAAGGCAUCGAGAAAUGGGACAGACUUGUUUUGUCCGACGGCUCUUGCCCCGAAAAAAUCCCCCCAAACUGGCUCGAAAUUGCAACACCAGACACAAAGUUCAGCUCCAGGUCGAGAGGAUGGGUAGAAUUGCCGUCGGAUUCUGAAUGCAGGGCGAAAAUUAAAUUAAGAUUGGAUCAUACUUUGAAAGAUAGAGAAGAUUCGAAAAGAUUGUCUCAGGCAAGUCAAUCAACCUGCAGUAAACGAUCUUCUCAGGAUCGAGGAAGAUUUUAUGACGAGAGCAAUCUUGUCGGAAUUAAUGUGCACGACAAAGAAGAAGUUAUGGCUUUAUUUAAGGAUAAUAUGGAAAUCAAGCUUGCAAAUGUGCCUCUAACUUUGUCCAUGAGUUCGGUAACUGGACUUACGGAUUUAGUCGAGGAUGAAAUAAUUCCUAAACCAAUCCCUAUGGAGAUUCUGCUUGAAAAUAUAACAUUAACUUUAAAUGAAGAUCGCCCUCCAAACAAUAUCACAUCUCCAGGUCCAAUUCCGAUCGAUCUGAAAAUUUCUAGACUGAGGAUAUCACGAGGUCUCGACGGAGUUUUCCAUAUUGAACCAGUUGUAAAUGCUCUUCCGGAAAGCAACUCAAACCCGACAAUAUCGAACAGUAUCCAGACUAAAAGUGCUUCGGAAUUAAACACCCUCAGACAAAGUUGCCAGCAGCUCAAUUCGGACAAUGAAGAAUUAAAACGACGUCUCGCAGCCUUAGAACGACUUUCAGAAGAGAAUUCGCGACUCCGCUUCAUCAAAGAAGAAUCAGACAUGCUCAGAUCUUGUCUGGAAACGGCCCAAGAGAAUAUUUCGAUUCUCCUGAAGGAGAAAAAAUCCCUCCAGGAGGCAGUGACUAAUCUCCAGGGUCAACUCGCUGGGGCCGGCCCCAGCAGCAGUACGAGAACUUCCUGGUCAAUCAAAAGAUAGCACACCGGAACCGGAUGUUUCGACUGUUCCAAAUGCUGUAGCGCCAACAAAUCUUAGGUCUCGGGCUCGCCAAUCAUUCCUCCCUAUUUUAUCAAUCAUUUCCCAGUUUUUAUUUUUUCCUCUGAGACAAAUCCAAAAAGGGAGGCUUUUCAUUAAUUUUGGCCCCCCGGUAGAUUUUUUUUCAGAGUUAAAAUUUGCCUAGCAAGUGCCGCUCAAUCGUUAAAAUCGUGCCUCAACACGGAGCAAAAUGCGAUCAGCACCUUCCAAAGUCAGAAUGAAUGAAAGGCCAUUCAUAAGAAAUUUCUCCCUCUUGCAAUUUAAUCUUUAAAAAAUAUUUAUGCAAAUAUUCGUGUAUAGAGGGUAGGGUGCCCAUUUAAAAAAUUGUUUUUUUUACCCCCCUCAGAAAAAGUAAAUGGUGCAUAUUUAAGAUAAUAAUUAACUUCUUUUCUUUUUCUGGUAAAAAAUUUCUUACAUUACAAAAUUGAAAUACUAAAUUUGUUUACGUCUUUUAAAAAUUCAGGGCCUAAUGUCAAAGGCUUUUCGGAAAAUUCUCAGAACAUUUCAAUACAAAAAUUUGUUUCUUUUCUACUUUUUUUUUUAAAUUAUCCAUUUUAGAAACUACAUUAUUGGUUAAAGAUAUUCAGGUUUUUAACG